AUGGCACGUCCGCGUGGCUACUCCGGGGCGGAGAGCUCCAAAGAACCCCACGCGGUGUCUCUAAAAGCAAGGCUUUCGCGUCCUUCACUGUCCAACCAGUAUCCCCUGCCUGUUGCCAAUACGAAGAUUUCCAGCAAAGCGUCGCUGAGUUAUCCCUCCGACGGCGCUGAUGGCCAGUUCAUCCUCAGUCCUAAUCUAACUCUCCCCCCUGCUUUUGGCUCCGCCUACGUCGGGGAGACAUUCGCCUGCACCCUCAGCGCCAACAACGAGCUGACGGAGGAUGAGGCGUCGCGCGUGGUCACCUCCGUGCGCAUCGUUGCGGAGAUGCAGACGCCGUCACAGGUAGCCUCGCUGGAGCUGGAGCCGGCGACGGAUCCGGCGCAGACGGAGGGGCUCCAGAAGGGCGAGUCGCUGCAGAAGAUCGUGCGGUUCGAUCUCAAGGAGGAAGGGAACCACAUCCUGGCGGUGAGCAUCAGCUACACGGAGACGCUGAUCGGGUCUGACGCGCAGGCGGCGAGCGGCCGUGUACGUACGUUCCGCAAGCUGUACCAGUUCGUCGCGCAGCCGUGUCUGAGUGUGCGAACGAAAUCGUCGGAGCUGGCUCCGCUGGAGGUGGAGAAUAAGUCGCUGGGUCCGUAUGGCAAGACCCGUCUGUUGAGGUUUGCGCUGGAGGCGCAGUUGGAGAAUGUGGGUGAUGGGGCUGUGGUUGUCAAGCAAACGAAGCUCAACCCUCGACCACCGUUCCAGGCUGCGUCGUUGAACUGGGACCUGGACCGGCCGGACGAGGUUGCGUCGCCGCUGCCACCGCCCACGCUGAACCCACGGGAUGUGCUCCAGGUGGCAUUUCUCGUGGAGCAGGAAGAAGGCCAACAAGAAGGACUUGACGCUCUACAGAAGGAUUUGCGGCGAGAUGGUCGGGCGGUGCUGGGGCAGCUCUCGAUCGAGUGGCGCGGUGCCAUGGGGGACAAGGGAUUUUUGACUACGGGGAAUCUAUUGACACGGCGACGGACAUGA